UUCAGUUUACUUCCCUCCAAGCAACCCUUAGCAGAAGUGGCCCCCCAAUUUUUUUUCCUGUACUGUGCGUGUCUCCAAAGAUAAGAGUGUAUGCAUGUGUCUGGCCAUGUCCUAUCCUCAGGGCUAUUUCUAUCAACCAUCUGCUUCUUUGGCGUUGUACUCUUGCCCUGCUUACAACACUAGUAUCAUCUCUGGACCCCGGACUGAUGAGUUGGGAAGGUCUUCUUCUGGUUCUGCUUUCUCACCUUAUGCUGGAUCCACGGCUUUCACAGCUAGCUCAGCUGGCUUUAACUCUCCUCUCCAGUAUAGCGGGGACCCCACUGCUGCUUUUACAUCUUAUGUGGGCUCUCCGUAUGAUCAUGGAACAAGCAUGGCCGGUUCUUUAGGGUACCAUCCUUACGCUUCCCCCUUGGGAUCUUAUCCUUAUGGUGAUCCAGCAUACAGGAAGAAUGCCACCAGGGAUGCCACCGCCACUUUAAAGGCCUGGCUGAAUGAACAUAGGAAGAACCCUUAUCCCACCAAGGGAGAAAAGAUUAUGCUGGCCAUCAUUACCAAGAUGACGCUCACCCAAGUGUCCACCUGGUUUGCCAAUGCCAGAAGGAGGCUUAAAAAGGAGAACAAGAUGACUUGGACGCCCAGAAACAGAAGUGAAGAUGAAGAGGACGAGGAAAACAUUGAUCUGGAGAAAAAUGACGAAGAAGAGCCUCUAAAACCAGACGAGAAAGGGGAGCUGGAUGUAGACACAGGAAAGCAGAGUCCGGCCAUGGACAAUUACGAUCGUUUGGAACAUGAAAAUCUUCAGGAGAAGGAUUUGGUCUCAAUCAGGAGUGAUUCCGAGUUAAAAGAAACUGAAGAGACCAGUGAUAAUCUCUCUAAAGGCUCUGCUCCAACUUCUCCACCUAUUUGCCAGUCUGGCCAGGCCCAGGAAGAACAGACUGUACAUAAUCGCCAUAUUCACCAUCAUCAUCACCACCACCCUCAUCAGGCAACCCAGCACCCUCAGCACCAGCACCAUCAGCAGCCCCGCCCAAUAGACCUUGUGCAUAGGCGCACCCCACUUCAUCAUGGCAUGGUUAUCAGCAAUGCCGCAUCAGUUAUACACUCGCCUCCUGCGUCUGCUUCCAAACCCAAAUUGUGGUCCUUGGCAGAGAUUGCAACCUCCUCGGACAAGUCUAAAGAAAACAGUGACAUCACAGCUGGAACACGGUCAACUACAGUCCAGUCCAUGCUUGGCGGUUUGUCCCCCCUUUCCAAAUCCCCUGCAGCAACGUGUCACCUCCCUAAUAACACUGUGUUAUCCCGGCCCCUUUACUACAGCACCCCAUUUUACCCCGGCUACACGAACUAUGGCUCUUUUGGUCAUUUGCACAGCCACCAUGGACCAAAUACAACUGCUUCAGACAACAACAAUGCACAUUUCAAUGGAUUAACCCAGACUGUGUUAAACAGAGCUGAAGGUAUGGUCAAAGAGUGUAAACUUAGAAGUCAGUCUCAAGCAGACCUUAGCAAAGACGCUGCUUACGAAAUAAAGAAAGGUAUGUCCAGCCUUUAAUUCUGGAUUCUUCUGCCAGUGUUGGGACUUACUUUAAUUUAUUUAAACAUAAUAUGCCUUGACCGUUUACCAGUUCGCCAUCAAGAAAGUUUAAUCAUUCAAAACAUUCUAAAACCUAAAGGCUACUGCGGAAUUAACUCUUGCUGGUCUCAGUAUGUCUUAAACCAGUUUCAAGGAGAUUCAUAAUUUGUAUCAAUAUGAGCCUGUAUAUUUAAUGUAGCAUUUUGUAUUUAAAUGAAUCAUCACUAUCUUUGAAGUAAAUUAUGGAAUUAAAUCCGAUGUACAAUGAUUUAUGCUGUUU